AUGAAGUAUUGCGGAGUUUGCCACAGUGACCUGCACACCGCAGCAGCGCAUCUGGAGGGUGUCAUGGGUGCAGUGGAAUACCCCUGUGUUCCCGGGCACGAACUUGCAGGAGUCGUUGCAGAAGUUGGCCCGAAGGUCACGAAAUUCCAAGUCGGAGACCACAUCGGCGUGGGCUGCAUGGUCGAUUCCUGUCUUGCUUGUGACAAAUGCAAGCAGGGCUUCGAGCAAAAGUGCUCAAAACAAGUCGGCACCUAUGCCGGCAAGGACUGGUCGGGACGUGCAGCCACGCCGGGACGGAAGACAACCAUAGGUGGCUACACCACCAGAAUGGUCGUCCAAGAGCACUUUGGCAUUCAGAUUCCCAAGGACUACCCGCUGGAGAUGGCUGGCCCGGUGAUGUGCGCUGGCAUCACCAUGUACGAUCCACUAAAGGUGAAUGGCGCCAAAGCAGGAAGCAAAGUUGGCAUCGUGGGCCUGGGGGGGCUCGGCGUUAUGGGCGUGAAGAUUGCCAAGGCUAUGGGAUGCGAAGCUAUUGCUAUCUCCCGCGCCGAGAACAAACGUAGCUUUGCCAUGGAGAGCUGUGGGGCGUCCGGAUACAUCGCCUCUACCAUUGAGGAGCAAAGAGCGAAGCACGAGAACACCUUUGACAUCAUCAUCAAUACCAUCCCCACGGACCAUGACACGACUAUUUACACAAAGAUGCUAAAACCUGACGGCGUGCACAUCCUCCUUGGCCUGCAUGCCUCGAUGUUUGGCGCUUUCAUUUUGUCCAAGUUCACGAAGCAGGCUCGUGUGAAGAUGUCCGGCAUCGGGGGCAUCCCCAACACUCAGGAGGUCAUCGACCUGUGCGCAAAGAACAAGAUCUACCCUGAGAUCGAGCUUCAUCCCGUUACGGAGCUGAACCGGAUCUAUGAGAAGCUGGACGGUUCCAAUGAUGCCGGCAAGCGCUACGUCCUGGAUAUCGAGCGCACGUUGGGUGAGGACACCUUCCAAAAACCGAUGGGCGAAGCCACGAAGCUGGCGCAUGGGAAUGCUCAG